UUGGACUGUUCAUAAACUCUGAUUUGUAGGCAACCCAAUAUACGGUUUCCCUUUCCUUUCUUAAACUUUAACCUCAUUUUUCUGGGUCUUUUUUCAUCUUUCCAUGCAUCUUUCAUCUGUUUUUCUCUGAUUAUAAGGGAGGUUUCUUUGAAUAAAAAGGUUUUAAAUUUUAAAUGUUUUUACAAAAACUUAAAUCAUGUAGAUCACUAAAGAAAUAUGCCUGUCGAUAUCUUAAAAGUGAAAAUGUGAAACACAGUAAACCACCAUGGAAAAUAUUAUUUUUUGGAAGUGACAAUUUUUCACUUUAUAGUUUAAAAACUUUAUACAGAGAACACCAGAAUAAUAACAGUAUCAUAAGUAUUUUAAAAGUAGUCACUAAUUCAAAUAAAAACCCAAUAUGGAAGUUUGCCGAGAAACAUGAUUUAAAUAUACAGAAAUGGCCUCCAGAUUUAAUACAAAAUGAAUAUGAUUUAGGUGUAGUUGUAUCAUUCGGGCACUUAAUUCCAGAAAAUAUAAUAAAUAAGUUCCCCUUGGGUAUGUUAAAUGUUCAUGCCAGUUUGUUACCUAGAUGGCGAGGGGCAGCGCCUAUAAUUUAUGCUCUAGCUAAUGGUGAUAAGGAAACUGGUAUAACAAUAAUGAACAUUAAACCAAAACAUUUUGAUAUAGGAGAUAUUGUGCUACAAAAGAAGAUUAAUAUUAGUGAUGAGACAAAAAUGCCAGAAUUACAUGAACGACUAGGAAAAUUGGGAGCCUCUUGUUUACUCAAUACAUUAAAUAACUUAGAAGAAUAUUUAUCAAAUAGCACACCUCAGCCUGCUGAAGGUGUUACAUAUGCACCAAAAAAUGCCCAUAAUCUACACAGAGCUCUUGACAGUCUUCGUCAUAACUUGUUUACAAGCGUAGCAUCCAGCUCUGUAAAAUUAAUAGACAUUGAGAUAUGUAAGUCAAAUGCAAAGUGUAUAGCCCCAGGAAGUGUAACAUACGAUAAACCUAGUCAAACCCUACGGGUUGAGUGUGCAAAUGGAACAUUUAUAAGUGUGAAAAGAAUAAGUGUUUUAGGGAAAAAAGUUAUGACUGCUUCAGAGUUUAAUAAUGGUUAUCUUAAAUAUGCAGUAAAAUUUGUUGUUUUAAAUAAAUUGUCUAUUUUAUAUGAAUAG